AUGUUUAAAGUUUCAGUAUACACAGUAGUCGAGAGUACGCUGCUUAAGGAUGUCAAAAUUACCACCCCCCGAAGACCGAUUCCCGCGCAAUUUGAGGAGCAACAUGUUAAAAUUAAAAUACCAAUAACAAUCCAGCGGAGUGUUCAAGCGAAGAGGCGAUUCCGAAUUGACAAUCACGGAAUUAUACCCGAAUCAUUUCAAACGCCGUCAAAUUACGACGGCGAAAAGCUUUAUUUACGUUCGACUAAUGUAUUUGGUAUUGGUAACAAAUUCAAUUAUUAUAAUAAUGACAGGUUUAUUGAUUUGAAUAAAUUUAAUGAUAAGCUAAGAAGCAUUGACUAUGACAAGGCUCCUAUAAGCGAUGAUUAUAGGAACGUGGAAAGAUUUAGUAAAUUGAAUGAUAAUUCUGAUUUUGAUUCCGAGUUGCCGAGUGAAAAUUAUAAUAUGGACAGGUUUAAUGAUUUGAAUAAAUUUAAUGAUAAGCUAAGAAGCAAUGACUAUGACAAGGCUCCUAUGGGCGAUGAUUAUAGAAAUUAUGACAGAUUUAGUAAAUUGAAUGACAAUUCCGACAUACCUGCGUGGCCGAGUGAAAAUUCUCCUCCUAUAAAUGGUGAUAGAUCGUUCGAUGAAAGCGGUAUCAUUAAAUUUGAUCCCUUCUACGACUUUCCAUCAAGACGAAAUAACAGAUGGUCUUUUUUGAGUGGAAGCGAUUUUAGUGAAAGAAGAAAUGAUUUAAAAGCUGACAAGUAUUUAAAAAACCCAAAUAAUGAUGGCAACUCUAUACCUAUGAAAUAUAAGAGAGAAGAUGAAAAUUAUAGAAGACAAAGUACAUAUAUGGAUUCAAUGAAUAAUAUAGCACUAACAAACUAUUUAAAAAGGUUGAGAAUGAAGAAGGGAAGGUAUGAUUAA